AUGUCCAACGAAAUCGACAGAGAAUCCCUCGAGUAUCUACUCGCCUACCCAGAGAUGCCACCAGGUUUCCCGGCCCCUGAGCCAGUCAAACAGGAACCUGAGACCGAGGCCGCCAACAUCCCCAUCGAGCGCGAGCCUGGCACAGAAGACCAGGAAGUCAAGAUCGAAGGCCAAGACAUCAAGCCCGAGGAACAAGAGAUCAAGCAAGAAAUCAAGAAAGAGGUCGGAGUUCUGGCGCACCUCAUCAACACCUACCGUGCCUAUGGCACUACCCCUGACGAAGACGGCUACAAUCUCACCUGCCGCUUCUGCAACUUUUCGUGCAGCAAUAUGCUUGAGCUCAAGGCUCAUUGGCCUGUUCACGUCGGCGUGGAGACGACAAAGUGCAUCGUCUGCAACAUGCGCUGCUCCAACUUGGAGUUGGCUAAGAAGCACGUUACACAUGGCAGACAUCUGAACAGGAUGCGUGUGCUUGGAAUUGGUGGUGAAGAGCCCGCCAGAAGAGCUUGA